AUGGACACCUCCCAGCCAUCUUUGCUAGAUGAUGAUUGGUUAAGUCAAAUUGAGACUAUACUUAAUUCAUCAAACUGUCGCUCUUUAUCAACAAACCAUCCUUAUGACUUCUUGAAUUUUGAUACCCAUGCAUAUUCUCGAUCUUUAGCCUUUCAAGUUCCCAACAAUGCAGAGACUGGGCUGUCUACAGCUAAGACCAUCCAUUCCCAGUUCAACCGUAAUGCUAUGGAUACUACAGCCCAGCCCACCAUUGCGUCCCAGAUCAAUGCGGUUAACAUCGCACCAUCUACAACCGAUACUAUCUAUCCUCAGUUCAAAGUUGACAACGCUACUAAAUCAACUAUGGAUGCCAUGGCCAGACCCACUUUUUCGUCCUGGUUCAAUGCAGCUAAUACUGUCCUAUCUACAACUGAUAUGAUCGAUCCUCAGUUUGACCUUAACAAUGCUACUGAAACGGCUACGGAUACUACAGCCCAACCCACCAUUGCGUCCCAGAUCGAUGCGGCUAACAUCGCACCAUCUACAACCGAUACUAUCUAUCCUCAGUUCAAAGUUGACAACGCUACUAAAUCAACUAUGGAUGCCAUGGCCAGACCCACUUUUUCGUCCUGGUUCAAUGCAGCUAAUACUGUCCUAUCUACAACUGAUAUGAUCGAUCCUCAGUUUGACCUUAACAGUAAGGAACUCUUAUUUUCUUCGCUAUACACCUUAAACUCUAAUGACAUAGAUGCUACUGAAACGGCUACGGAUACUACAGCCCAACCCACCAUUGCGUCCCAGAUCGAUGCGGCUAACAUCGCACCAUCUACAACUGAUACUAUCUAUCCUCAGUUCAAAGUUGACAAUGCUACUAAAUCAACUAUGGAUACCAUGGCCAGACCCACUUUUGCGUCCUGGUUCAAUGCAGCUAAUACUGUCCUAUCUACAACUGAUAUGAUCGAUCCUCAGUUUGACCUUAAUAGUAAGGAACUCUUAUUUUCUUCGCUAUACACCUUAAACUCUAAUGACAUAGAUGCUACUGAAACGGCUACGGAUACUACAGCCCAACCCACCAUUGCAUCCCAGAUCGAUGCGGCUAACAUCGCACCAUCUACAACUGAUACUAUCUAUCCUCAGUUCAAAGUUGACAACGCUACUAAAUCAACUAUGGAUACCAUGGCCAGACCCACUUUUGCGUCCUGGUUCAAUGCAGCUAAUACUGUCCUAUCUACAACUGAUAUGAUCGAUCCUCAGUUUGACCUUAAUAGUAAGGAACUCUUAUUUUCUUCGCUAUACACCUUAAACUCUAAUGACAUAGAUGCUACUGAAACGGCUACAGAUACUACAGCCCAAUCCACCAUUGCGUCCCAGAUCGAUGCGGCUAACAUCACAUCAUCUACAGCCAAUACUAUCUAUCCUCAGUUCAAAGUUGACGAUACUUCUGAAAUGGUUAUGAAUACUGCUGAACCUACUACUCUAUUGACUGUCGGAACUGGUGAUACUACCAAUCCUCGGUCCAACCUUAAUAACACUUCUGAUAUACAUACUACUCAAUCUGACAUUCAAUCAUGGGUUGAUGCAGCCUAUGCUGCGCUAUGGGCAGUCGAGAUGACCCAUUCUCAGUCCAACCUUAAUAAUACUACUGAAUCUGCUAUAAACGCUACUGAAUCCACUGCACUAUCGAAUGACAAUGCUAACAAUUCUCGGAAGUUGACAAAUGCUACCGAACCUGCAAUAUAUACCGCUCAAUCAAUUGUACAUUCCCCGACUCAUAGAAAUAUACCCCAAAUAAAUAAUCUCAUAGCCUCGAAGACUUCAAUUACGAUACACAUUUAUCUCGCCUCUAGCUGGGUUGAGAUACCCUUGCUUCACAGUAUUUUCUGGAAUAUCAACGUCCCAAGUACCUGGAUCAGUGUGCAGGAAGCAUCUUUUGCCAUUUCGCCAACAAAUUUACUCGAAAUUCUACAAGACUAUCAGACAUAUAUUGUGCCUCCUUCCCUUCUUCCACAAAGCAUUUACUUUGCAGCAUGUAACCCUGUUUCGAUGCUUCUUACCUCUUCUUUGGUAACUAUCGACUCGCCACUAAGUUCUCCACAAGCACAAGGUCGAAUAAUUGGCAAAGUAGGAAAUGUACUGAAUUCUGCUCCGGCCCUUAUCUUGGGCAUUGAUGAGACCAAUCCAUUGAAUCAGUCCUUUUUCAACACGUCUGCGAAGUUGAAUCUUCCUGGAAACUCUACUGGGAAACAUUUUGUACUUGCAUUUAUUUUGCCCCCUCGACCAUCACGUUCAUCUCCUGCACCUUCAAGGAGCCAAGAAAGGUGGAGUCCCUAUGGGACUCGUCCAAUCUCUGCACAAACCUUGCCCGCCCUUCCCCAGAUGUUCCCAGCCUCGUCUGAGUCCCAACUGCCAUUUUCUUCGAGCCAGCCAGGUUCACCUUUGUCACACCCAUCCGUAUCUGCAUUUCCUUUGCAGUUGCCCCGCCCAUCAUCAUCACAUUCCUCCGUUUCUGCUUCAUUUUUGCCAUCACCCAGCUCGUUAUCUUCGUCCAGUGUGGCUGGGUCACUUUCACCAUCGCCACAAUCACCGUUACUACCUGCACCUCUUCAAGCUCCAUUGUUUCGACCUCGGCUUCUACCCCAUACAGCUGCAUCAUCAUCAGAACCAUUCAUGGGAAUACAGAAUGGAGAUACGUUUGAGACCAAUGCCCGAGAUCUUGCUGACUUGUGCAGGGGGCUUGGGUGGGAUCUCAAAACGUUACAAUAUACUACAGCUGCCACCAACGCCGAUAUUGUUGGGUUAUACCACCAGUACACUACUGGUCGCAGCUUUGAACAACAGAUUGGGAGUAUCUCAAGGGGUGAUGGUGAUCGCCGAAAGCGUUUUGUGAAAUACGCAGAUAAUACUGUUGAAUCAGUUGCUUCGAUUUUGGAACGACUCAAGUUUAAAAAAUCGACAUAUGAUGACAAGAGACGAUUGUUUUCAUUUGUAGAAGAUGUUGGGAAGUCGAACAAGAUCUGGAAUCCUGCUAAUGUUCCUCCGGGAGGCUUUCAGAAAACUUUUCUUCGGCCUUAUGAUGUUUGGGUGUGCAUCAAAUAUCUAUGGGGUCCAUCGGGACCUUUAACCUUGAGAAAACCAAUACCUGAACCUUCCGAGGAUGAAGAUCCUGUCAUUGAGGCUUCCCGCAAGCUUCACCAAGGUUGUAUCAGACAGUAUCGUAUUGCUAUUGAAAAUUCCCUUGUGGAUCCCAUGUAA